AUGCCGUCCAAAACAGACCCAAGAAAUGCUGAACCAGCAGCAAGCAAUUUCGAUGACCUGGACAAUUACUUCCUGGAAGGAGACGUGGACGACGACCCCUUUGCGUCUCCCAAACCCGAAGACAACCCAAAGUCGAACAAGCGAAAAGAACCAGGCGAUGGCCUGGGCAUUGACGAGGAAGUUUCGGUCGCAAAGAAGGCCAGGGUGCCAAGAAUCAAGCUCGACCAGGACAGAUUACUUUCAGAAAAAGGCAUUCCUGCGCUUCGAAAACGAGCCGGGAAAUUGAGACUCAAGGGCAAAGGCCAUGAGUGGGGCGAUGCAUCGCGCCUACUGUCCUUCUACCAGGAAUGGCUAGACGACCUCUUCCCCAAGGCCAAGUUCCUCGAUGCUUUGGCCAUGGUGGAAAAGGCAGGACACAACAAGAUGCUGCAAAAGAUGCGAGUGGAUUGGAUCAACGAAGGCAGGCCCAAGUCGACUGUCACGGCAGACGGCGGGGAUGACGAUGAGCCUGCAGAUGAGCAACAGGAAUCCGAGGCGCCAGCACCACGGCAAGCAGAUCGGAUUGCACCUAUCUUCGAGACGUCUACCAGUGGCACUCGGCCGAGCACACCACCAGUGGAGGAUCUGUUUCGUGACGAUAUCUAUGGGGCGACUCCAAUCGGUGCCAGGAGAAGUGGAAAACCUAUGGAGACAGGAGAUGAGCCUGAUCAGGAUGAGCUGGAUGCGCUCAUGGCAGAGGCGGAGCAGGAACCGAGUGUGCCAGUGCGACCAAAUGGAGGGCCAACCAAGAGCAUAUUUGGUGAUGGAAAGCCAAAAGCUGCAGAAAAGCCAAGACCGGCUGAGCCGGAGGAUGACGAUCUCGAUGCCCUCAUGGCGGAAGCUGAGGCAGAACGGGGGCCCAGGAGACCACCAGGGGCUGAUGCGUCCAGCGCGAAGGCAGUUCCGCCAGACUUCAAUGAUGACGAGGAAGCCAUGGCGGAGAUGGACGGACUCUGGUGA